CCAGUUGCCACCUAUCAAUACAGAGCGAGAGAGGCAGAGAGCUGUCGAGAUCACAGGCCUCUCGUCGUUCUCUUUAAACACCAAGCUUCUUCCCCUCUCAUUGGCAUCCUCUGGCUCACAUUGAGUUCCGUUCCCAGGAAUAAAGGAAAUUUGAUCACCAGAGAGAAACAAGGAAGAUUGUGAGGGAAAUGGCUCUGACCACUGUGUUUGUAAUCAGUAGCAUACUUACCAUAUGCAUCUCUCAAAUUACAGCUCAAUCCCCGCCAUCGCCGCUGCUCCCUCCCUCCCCCUCUCCUGCCCCAGCUCCAGCUCCUAACCAUGUGAAUCUCACUAAUCUCCUCUCUUUCGCCGGCCCCUUCCAUACUUUCCUCAAUCUCCUCAUUCAAACCAAUGUCAUACAAACCUUUCAAAACCAAGCCAACAACUCUGAUCAAGGCAUCACCAUCUUUGUCCCAAAUGACUCAGCCUUCUCCAAACUCGAAAAGCCUUCUCUCUCAAACCUCACCAAGAAACAGCUUAAGUCUCUUCUCCUCUACCAUGCAUUCCCAAAAUUCUAUUCCCUCUCAGACUUCAAUAACCUGAGUACCCAUAACCCGGUGAGCACAUUUGCAGGUCGGCAAUACACUCUGAACAUUACAGAUACAAAUGGGCUUAUCCAUGUCGGUUCGGACUGGUCCAACCCCAAGAUCAGCAGCAGUGUCUACUCUACUGAUCCUGCUGCUGUUUACGAAGUGAAUAGCGUUCUUCUUCCGAAGGCCAUUGUUACUACAGCUCCAGCUCUCACACCAGCUCCAGCUCCAGCUCCUGAUCUCACCCCAUCUUCGGACUUGUCACCAGCAGGCCAAAAGGGAAGCGGAGCUGCUCCAAAAUCCUCAGAAUCAGGAAACACUAAUUCUUCUUCGCGUAAUAUUGCUGCAGGUGCGGUGGUCCGUUUGUUUGCAGUAGUGUUGGGUGCCAUUUUGCUUUGAGCUUUAGUUUCAUGGAAUAUAUAUUUUGGUAGGAAAUAGCUUAGUUGAUGGAAGUGAGGGUUUUGUAUGUUGAAUAUGAUGAAGCUUAUGUUAGUUUCUUUCUUCUUUUUAACAUUGGAAUCGCAUGGAGAAGCACUCUUGUUAAAUGGCUUUUA